UCUCUUUGCUUUCUUCCCCUAGAUCUGAGAUUGCUCCGCCUUCUGGACGCCAGCCCUGUGCUUGCAGAUCCCAGGCCAGCCUGCUGCCUGGGAAGAGAAGAGCAAGACCUCUCCCCUCUCUGGGAUCCUUCUCCCUGCCCAACUCAGUCUGCAGAAGACCAACUGGCCCCAGCAGGGAGCCUAGAGCCAGAGAUAAUGGCAGCUGGGAGCAGCAGCCCCCAUCCCCAGGGGUUGGUGACAUUCAAGGACGUGGCUGUGGACUUCACCCAGGAGGAGUGGGGCCUCUUGGACCAUGCUCAGAAGGAGUUGUACAAAGGGGUCAUGCUGGAGAAUGCCCGGAACCUGCUCUCCCUGGGGCUGCCAGUUCCCAGAGAAGACAUGAUCUCUUCCUUUGAGCAAACGGAAGGCCCAUGGAUGCUGGAGCAAGAAGGCCUGAGGAGCUGCUGUCCAGAUGCAGAGAUGAGCCUGGAAAUGAAGGAAACUGCUACAGAGCUAAGCCCUUCUGUGGAAGAAACCCCCAAGCAAAGAGUCAUGAGUGAUGGUCCCUCUGACUUCCAUUGGAGAGAAGUCUGCACAACACCUGAGAGUAUCCAAACUGGAGAGAAACCGUAUGACUGUAAUCAAUGUGGAAAGACUUUUCCAUGUAAGCACAGUCUUGUUAUGCAUAGAAGAAUCCUCCUUGGAGAAAAACCUUAUGAAUGUAAUCAGUGUGAGAAGGCUUUUAGAGAGAAGGGAUGUCUUAUUGCACAUCAGAGAACACGCACUGCAGAGAAACCUUAUGAAUGUAAUCAGUGUGGAAAAGGUUUUAAAUCAUGGAGCAUGCUUACUCGACAUCAGAGGAUCCACACUGGAGAGAAACCUUAUGAAUGUAAUCUAUGUGGACAAGCUUUUAUACAGAAGGUUCAUCUUAUUGGACAUCAGAGAACACACACUGCAGAGAAACCUUAUGAAUGUAAUCAGUGUGGAAAAGCUUAUAAAUCAUGGAACAGUCUUACUGUACAUCAGAGAAUCCACACUGAAAUGAAACCUUAUGAGUGUAAUCAAUGUGGGAAAGCUUUUUACUGGCAGAAAUGUCUUAUUGCACAUCAGAAAAUCCACACUGGAGAGAAGCCUUAUAAAUGUUAUCAUUGUGGAAAGACUUAUAGAUGGAAGGGCAGUCUUAUUGAACAUCAGAGAAUCCACACUGGAGAGAAACCUUAUAAAUGCAAUCAAUGUGGAAAGACUUUCAGACGUAGGAAGUCUGUUGGUGAACAUCAGAGGAUACACACUGGAAAGAAACCUUAUGAAUGUAGUCAAUGUGGAAAGGCUUUUGCACGGAAAGGUGGUCUUGUUAAACAUGAAAGAAUCCACACUGGAGAGAAAUCGAUUAACUGUAAUCAGUGUGGAAUGACUUUUACACAUAUGCGCAGUCUUGUUAUACAUAGAAGAAUCCACACUGUAAAGAAACCUUAUGAAUGUACCCAGUGCAGAAAGACUUUUACACAGAAGGCCUCUCUUACUCUACAUAACAGAAUCCACACUGGAGAGAAACCUUAUGAAUGUAAUCAAUGUGGAAAAGCUUUUAAAUGGAGGGGAAAUCUUAUUACACAUCAGAGAAUCCACACUGGAGAGAAACCGUAUGAAUGUAAUCAGUGUGGAAAGACUUUUGUAUAUAAGGAUGGUCUUGUUAAACAUCAGAGAACACACACUGGAGAGAAACCAUAUAACUGUAAUCAAUGUGGAAAGACUUUUACACAUAAGCACAGUCUUGUUACACAUAGAAGAAUCCACACUGGAGAGAAACCUUAUGAAUGUAAUCAAUGUGGAAAGACUUUCACAUGGAAAUGUGGUCUUGUUAUUCAUGAAAGAAUCCACACGGGAGAGAAACCUUAUGAAUGUAAUCAAUGUGGAAAGACUUUUACAGAUAAGCGCAGUCUUGUUAGACAUAGAAGAAUCCACACUGGAGAGAAACCUUAUGAAUGUAAUCAAUGUGGAAACACUUUUACAUGGAAACGUGGUCUUGUUAGACAUACAAGAAUCCACACUGGAGAGAAACCUUAUGAAUGUAAUCAAUGUGGAAAGGCUUUUACAGAUAAGCGCAGUCUUGUUAGACAUAGAAGAAUCCACACUGGAGAGAAACCUUAGGAAUGUAAUCAAUGUGGAAAAACUUUUACAUGUAAGUGCAAUCUUGUUAAACAUAGAGGAAUUCACACUGGAGAGAAACCUUAGAAACGUCAUCAAUGUGGAAAGGCUUUUGUAUAUAAAGAUGGCCUUGUUAAACGUCAGAGAACACACACUGGAGAGAAACCUUAUGAAUGUAAUCAAUGUGGAAAGACUUUUACAUGGAAACGUGGUCUUGUUAGUCCUAGAAGAAUCCACAGGGCAAGAGAAACCUUAUGAAUAUAAUCAAUGUGGAAAGGGUUUUACACAGAGAGGUGGUGUUUGUUAUUGCUCAUCAGAGACUCCACACCAGUGAGAAACCUUUCAAAUGUACCCAAUGUGGAAAGACAUUUACACAGAAAGUCUCUCUUAUUCUACAUGAGAGAAUCCACACUGGAGAGAAACCUUAUGAAUGUACCCAGUGUAGAAAAGCUUUUAAACAGAAGUCCUCUUUUACUAAACAUCAGAGAAUCCACACUGGAGAGAAACCUUAUGAAUGUACCCAGUGUGGAAAGGCUAUUAAACAAAAGAACCAUCUUAACCGACAUUAGAGCAUCCACACUAGAGAAAAACCUUAUGAAUGUGAUCAUUGUGGUAAAACCUUCAGGCUAAAGUCAGUCCUUCUGUACCUUCAAAGAAUUCAUGUGAGACAUAGGAGUCUUAUAACUGACCUGAAUGAGGAAAGGCAUUAAGAUGGAGUACAGAGAUUCAUAGUAGAAAAUUCACUCAGGGUACAAGCCAUCUAUGAACUCCCUAUGGGAAGGCUUGCAACCAGAGAUCAUCUCUUAUCCAUCCUCUCAUCAGAGGAUUUAUACUGAAAAGAAACCUUAUGAAUAUGCUUCGUGGGACGUGUCUUUCCCUAGAACAUAGAGGUCACAGGUGAAGGUUAAAUUUUGUGUCUGAAUAUAACAGAAAGAUGAGAUAAGGAAAAUAAUUCAUGCCGACCUUCCAUGUUGCACAACCAGAAAAGGAGGCAAUUGCUGGAUAAAGUGCAGAACUAUGUGAAAGAAUACAUCUGGAUGUUUUCAUAACAAGGAAAAGACUUUGUGCCAAUCUUUUGUCAACUGUGGAACAACCAUUGGUGAAGGGAAGAAAUCAGGUUUGUUUGAUGAAGGAUAUAAGAACUGGAGCAGUUGAGGGGAAUGUUGUGUUCUCCCACAGCCACCUGCAUGUGUGUAUUCAGAUUCCAUCCAGGCCACUGCAGGUGAGAGUCAAGAAACUUCUCAUUAAGUUGAGAUCAUUUCUGCCUCCUCACUGGGAAAUAUCACAAUGAGCAGCAGGAAAUGGGGCAGCAAUCACAUUUGAAGAAGGCACAGAGACAAGCUCUGAAGAGUGUGGAGUAACAGAGAAGAAGAGGGCAGAGCUCUCAGCCUGGGAAUGGGAUGGGGAAG